AUGACAAUUGCACAUCAUCGCCAGCCUUCGCAGCUCCCGGGAACCACUUUCGACGCUACGCCAGUCAGCGAGGCAGGCCACCUGAAGCUCCUGGGUGUCACCUUUGACUCCCAGCUGACAUAUGCGCAGCACAUCCGCACGAUCCGCUCCAGAGCACAGCAACUCCUAGGCUUCCUGCGGAAGGCCUCUGCUAUCCUAGAGCCCCCUGGCCGACUCCGAGCCUACAAUGGGUUUGUCCGACCUGUGCUGGAGUAUUGUCCCCUGGUCUGGCUUGGUGCGCCACCCUCACACUUGGCCAAGCUAGACCAGAUCCAGCGACGAGCCAUCCACAUCAUCGGAUCGGGCUCCUGGCUCCCUAGUCUAUCUCUGGGGCGAACAGUGGCCUCGCUUGCAUACUUGUACAAGCUAUUCUGCCUAGAUGCGGACAGCCCGCUAAAGAAGAUCCUCCCCCCCUGGUGCCCAACGUCGACCUCGGGACAUACAGCCCACCCGCGUGUCUGCUCAGCCUACGCACCCACACCAGCUAUCGACUAA